ACCCUUGUCACUACCAGAACUCCAACUUAUCACUACCAGACACUAUGGCCAAGGUCCCGAGGAGCUUCCGUCUCCUCGAGGAGCUCGAGAAGGGAGAGAAGGGGCUGGGUGAUGGCUCAUGCAGCUACGGCCUCAAGGAUAGCGACGACCUCGAUAUGGAGCAGUGGAACGGCACGAUUCUUGGCCCACCCCACUCGGCGUACGAGAACCGCAUCUUCAGCCUCAGCAUUUACUGCCACAACAAGUACCCCGAUCUUCCUCCAAUUGUCAAGUUUGAUAGUCGCAUCAACCUCCCCUGCGUCGACUCGGUUGGCGUCGUUGACCUGACGCGCGUGCGCUCGCUUUCGCAGUGGCGUCGUGAAUACACGCUCGAGAAUGUUCUCGUCGAACUUCGCCGUGAGAUGGCGUCGCCAUCUAACCGCAAGACGCCACAGCCUCCCGAGGGCUCCGAGUUCCCCCGGAUCAACAUGUUCCAGGUGGCGGAGCAGCGCGGAAUCUAGAGCUGGGGAGAGUGGACUGGAUUCGGAGUACGAACAUGCAGACAGAGAGACCUACACCCUCCAUGAGCGCUUCCGCCACUGGCAGUAGAGUUCGGGAUGUGCGGAAGGACGUAGAAAGCUGACGCACCGCUGACACGUUGUGAUGCGGAAUGACGCCGCGCAGCCCAUGCAAAACCCAUCUCCAGC